AUGGCUGCAGACGCUGCAGAGUCACUAUGGCAAAAGUUUUUUGAUCAACACAAGUCAAUUGUCUCGCUGCUCGAUACUCAUGCCUCCCUUCUGGCAGAAAUGUGUCAAAGCUGUGCCGACAUAAGUCCUGCCCAAGAGCUGGUACAAGCCCGCUUGGCUCAUACUGAGAGUCUGAUUGCUACAUUCAAAGAAUCAACCGAAUCAGUGAGAGAAGCCACCAAACGAGAGGAAAUCAUAUUCGAGGCCACGAGCUCUCCUCCACAUAAUGUCCCUCCGCCCAGACCGCAUGUCCCAGCCACACCAGCGUUAGAUCCCAGCGGCCUCUUCACCGUUGACACAAAUCCUACUCCAAUCGAACAACUUUUCCGUGACAACUCCAAAAGUGGAGACAAAUCGAAGAAUCAAUCCAAACGCAAGGGCGACGAACCUCAAGUGCAAUUGAGCUACGUUAACGGCGCUUCUCAUGACUCGCCCAAGAAGAAAAAGAAGAAAUUAAAACCAAGCGAUCAGGGUCCAGAACAAGAUUCGGGUGCAGAUGAUUCAUUCCUACGCGGAGUGGAAGCAAGACUUCAAGCGAAAGAAGAACGGAAGAAAGCCAAGCAGGACAAAAAGCGGAAGAGACAGAGCGAUUCCUCGAUCAGUAAUGGAGUCAAAGGGCCAAAGAACAAGAAGCGAAAGCAAAGGCACGACAACAAGGCGUCGUCAAAGACUCUGGAAAUACGGCAAAAUCAGAGCAGUAAGAGACCAAAUGCGGAAUCCACUGGCACUGGAACACAGAAUGAUCAGCCUAGCAAGAAGCAGAAGAAGAAUAAGACUUGA